AUAGCCAGUUAUACCAAUAUUAUAUUACUAUAAAGACUAAUCUUUGAUAGUCGUGAAAUGACACCUGCGCCUCGAUUCACGUCGUCGUCGUUGUCAAUGUAAAAUGACAGUUUUGUUACUUAUGCUAUCCUCGGUAAUAGGUGGAAUUCGAGGGAAUCGAAGAGAUCGCGAGAACGUCCUACCUCGUCGAUAGACAUACGAAAGAAAAUAACUUAUGCAAUUUUUCACGCAUGUAAGAAUCCAGAGCCAGAACGGCAAAAAGGAAAUUAAACGCCGAUCUAGUUUACCUGCACGAUUACGUCGUACCGUCGUACGUAAAAAGGAUUAGCUGUCAGUUUUGAAUGCGAUGAAAAUAAACGAGAAAAAUAUGGUAUCUUUUGCAACUUCCGCAACACCGGUAGAUCGAGAAGGUUGGUUAAACAAACGCGGCGAGUUGAACCGUGGUUAUCAGAGACGAUGGUUUGUUCUCAAAGGGAAUAUACUAUUUUAUUUCGACCGACGAGGUGACAAAGAACCAGUGGGCAUGAUAGUCCUCGAAGGUUCUACCAUCGAAUUGGCAGAGGACGAAGAACAAUUUGGUUUUCAAAUCGUAUUUCACGGCCCAAACAAUAGAAAUUAUGCUCUCGCGGCAGAAUCCCAGGAGUCUAUGGAACAAUGGAUGAAAGCUUUGGCAUGUGCCAGUUACGAUUACAUGAAAUUGAUGGUGGCAGAAUUACAAAGGCAACUAGACGCGGCAGAAGAAGAGACUACGACGGUCGCGGCUCCCUCCCAAUCUCCGAAAGCUCCUCCGAGACAGAGACACAAUCCAUUCAACAGAUCAGAAUUGCAUCACCGCUCACAGAGCGUCAGAUCUGCUCCUGGAAGAACCGAAAAUGUUUCACGAACGAGGAUAACAUUCCGCGAACUGCACAACAUGUACGGUAGAAGAAUUUUAACCGAUUUAAACGAAUGGAGGCACACGAAAAAAGUUUCAGAAGCUCCGUUGAUCAGUUUUUAAAUAAUCACCGUAUGCAACUUGUAAAUAUUCGUGAUCGUGACAGUUACACGCGCGGAGAGGUUGGAUGUACACAAGAUAUAGAAUUAUGUAUUCAUACGCUACUUAAUAAAAAGAUUAGACAGUUGUAAGAAUGAUCGGAAAUUAGAUUAGAAACAUACAAAUUGAUACAAACAUCGUUUGGACUUUAAUAAAAAUAGCGAUUCGCAAACAA